UUAUUUACUUUGUUUCCGUGGCCAGGGAUGGUGUCAGAAGAGACGGGAGCAUCUUAAAGCAGAGACCACAGCAAGACACAACGAUGGCACAAAGGGGACCACGUCUAAGGACAGCCAUGUCAUUCCUCCUGCUGGCGGCUUGCCUGGCCGUGGCCACUGCGAAAAGUUACCAGAAGUUCCUGAUGGAGCACUUUGACUACCCAAUGAGCAACGUUCCUGACCCUCAGCGCUACUGCGACCUCCUGAUGAAAAGGCGCAACAUGGCCACCUCCCACCACUGCAAACACCUCAACACUUUUGUCCACGCGGAUACCUCCCAAAUCAUAUCCGUGUGUGGUGAGGGAGGAGAACCCCUCACGGGUGACCUCCGGGAAAGUGUGGACAGUUUCCCCCUCACUCUGUGCAAGCUCAAAAGGGGAUCUUGGGCACCUGAUUGCAGAUACGGGGUUGCCACUGGUGUAGAAAAAAUCGUCAUUGCUUGCGAAAAUGGAUUUCCUGUGCAUUUAGAGACGGAAAUCCCAAAUUAGCCACGUAAAUGUUGGAGAUUGUCCAUUAUCUCUCUCAUUUCCUCAGUCAUGGUUAUGAAGAACGAUGUCUUGACAUGUCCCACUUUCCUCUUGAAAAUAAAAUAAGCUGCAUUUAACCCUCCUUUCCUUUCUUCCAAGAGGAAGUGGUCGGUCAUGUUGUAUAUUAAGAUUUGGAACACUGUAAAAUCUGUCCAACUGAUGAUGUCAA